AUGGCUGGUCAUAGCAAUUCCAAUGCGAGAAAUGAUGGUCAAGCUGGUGUACCUUCUGCAUACAGAGGAGUCCGGAAGAGGAAAUGGGGCAAAUGGGUGUCUGAAAUCCGCGAACCGGGGACCAAGAACCGUAUCUGGCUAGGCAGUUUCGAGACUCCUGAAAUGGCUGCAACCGCAUACGACGUUGCAGCAUACCAUUUCAGAGGACGAGAGGCUCGUCUCAACUUCCCUGAGCUAGUCAGCAGCCUGCCACGUCCUGUAGACUCUACCUCGGACAGCGUUCGCAUGGCAGCUCAUCAGGCAGCACUCUGCCUCAGAACCGAACCAGUAGAGUCAGCCAUGAUGCAAGUGGACACCUCAAGCACUAUCCCCUCCAGCGUUAGUCCCCCGAUGGUCAGACUCUCUCCGAGAGAGAUUCAAGCGAUCAACGAGUCGACUUUGGGAUCUCCAACCAUGUUGAUGGAUUCAACAUAUGACUCAAUGGCGUUUGCAAAUGAUUUUGGGAUGAAUGUUUGGGACUCGUACCAGACUGACUCUCUUUGGGACCCAUAA